CAGCGUAUAAAAGCAGUAGGAAGGCUUUUCUGUACAGUGAGCGUUGUUGACUCAGGUUUUUAUUUUUAUUUUAUUUUUUAAUUGAUCAUAGACAGCUGAGACAUUGGAUCUGAAAUGGCAAAGAAAGUGCUGAUUGUGUAUGCUCACCAGAACUCUAGAUCAUUCAAUGCUGCAGCUAAAAAUGCUGCUGUGGAUAUUCUGACUGACCAGGGCUGCAUAGUGGAAGUCUCUGACUUGUAUGCCAUGGCUUCUAAAGCCGCUGCUACAGCAGAGGACCUCAAAGGAAACUUGACGUGUGCUGAGGCCUUCCGUUAUCCUGAUGAAUCCAAACUUUCAUGGGAGCAGGGAAACCUUUCAUAUGAAAUCGCAAAGGAGCAAUCUAAGUUAGCUGAGGCAGAUUUGGUCAUCUUUCAGUUCCCCAUGUACUGGUUCGGUGUUCCUGGCAUCCUGAAGGGCUGGUUUGAUUGGGUGCUCACCAAUGGCUUUGACUUUUCGCAAGACGAACCCUACGGCCUGGAAAUCUUCAAGGGCAAGAAAGCCGUGCUGUCCUUGACGACUGGAUGUCGUACAGCCAUGUUCUGUGUUGAUGACGACAUGAAUGUCACAUUGUGGCCACUACAGAACGGUGUCCUGCACCACUGUGGCUUCCAGGUUCUGGCCCCUCAGGUCUUCUGGGCUCCGGAAUUUGCUGAUGCUGAAGAGCGUUGGAACAUGCUGGCGAGCUGGCGCUUACGACUGGAAGGCCUGCUGGAGGAGGAGCCCCUGUCCUUCACUCCCUUGGUCUGUUUUAAUGAGAAGACUUCCCAGUUGAAGCCUGAUGAUCAUGAGAAACAUGCCAGCAAAUAGUCUGGUCUGACGGUGGGCAUCCACCUCAACCAGCCACUGCCCCCUCGCAGCCAGAUGAAGGCUGGAUGCCAAGAUGUUACUCUUGUCUUGAAUGAUCAGCGUGUGUAAUUAAAGCUGCUUUAAUCAGA